CGUGAUAGUAUAUUAGCUUCUUACGGCAUUCCCAACAUUCCACUUGCACGUUCUUCAAAUGGAGGUCCUAAUCGAAGAACAACUUCUGGUACUAUUGCUGGUCGUACUACCAGUAAAAGGUACUCAGUAACUGCACUUUAUUCCAUGGCUGCCGAGCAAGAUGUAGAAGUGGAAGAUGAAUUAGCCAAAGCACAAAAACGGUUACGAGAAUUAAAAGGUAGAAUUUCGGCGCAAUCAAAGAAAAAUUUUGUUCUGGAACGAGAUGUUCGAUAUUUGGAUUCUCGUAUUGCAUUAUUGAUUCAAAAUCGAAUGGCAUUGGAUGAGAAACAAGAAGUUGAAAGCCAUCUUGAAGAUAUGGAUCCUGAAGGUGGUACAUUCCCUGAUGACCGUAGAUUACAACAAUAUGGAAAUUUAUUUUUUCUUCUCCAAACUGAACCGCGUCAUAUUGCAGCUUUAUGUCGUUUGGUUAGAAUAACUGAAAUAGAUACAUUAUUACAGACAGUUAUGUUUACAUUGUACGGUAAUCAAUAUGAGAGUAGAGAAGAGCAUUUAUUAUUGACAAUGUUUCAAUCUGUCCUCUCUGCACAAUUUGAAACAACUUCAGAUUUUAAUUCAUUACUAAGAGCAAACACACCAGUGUCGCGAAUGAUGACAACAUAUACACGUCGAGGACCAGGUCAAAGUUAUUUAAAGUCUGUACUAUCAGAACGAAUUAACAGUUUGAUAGAACAUAAAGAUUUAAAUUUAGAAAUUAAUCCAUUAACGGUACAAGAUACCGGUUCUUUACCGGAUCAUUUACCACGCAGUGUGACACCUGACGUUGCAGCAGCAAAUCCAGAUGUACAGUCAAUCAUAGCACCACGCAUAACCAUGUUAAUGGAAAUUGCGAAUUCUUUCCUUCAAACUAUAAUAGAUUCAAUUGAGCAAGUGCCAUAUGGAAUACGAUGGAUUUGUAAACAAAUUCGUUCUUUGACGAAACGAAAAUAUCCGGAUUGUACUGAAUUUGCUAUUUGUUCAUUAAUUGGAGGCUUUUUUUUCCUACGAUUUGUAAAUCCAGCUAUUGUUACACCUCAAGGUUAUAUGUUAGUUGAUGGUAUACCGGGUAAAUACCCGCGACGAACAUUAACUUUGAUUGCAAAAAUGUUACAAAAUCUUGCCAACAAACCUUCUUAUGCAAAAGAAGAAUAUAUGAGAAUGCUUAAUCCCUUUGUCGAGGUUAAUAAACAGAGAAUUAAUAAGUUCUUAUUGGAAUUAUGUGAGAUUGGAGAUUUUUAUGAGAGUCUAGAGAUGGAUCAAUAUAUGGCACUUUCAAAGAAAGAUUUACUACUUCAUAUUACGCUGAAUGAAAUAUAUAAUACGCAUGCCUUACUUGUUCAACAUCAAAAUGUUUUGGCACCUUCAGAAAAAAGUCAUUUACGAAUACUUUUAGAUGAUGUAGGUCCAGCUCCAAUCCAAGUUCCUAGAAAGGAGAAUAAGACUAUUGAACUUCCAUUAUUUAACCUUGCUUCGGCACUUAUGUCAGAUAACAGUGUGACACAAAAUGAUAUUUUAUAUAUGGAAACUAAAUCUAUAUUUGUGCAAAUUAUACGAUCCCUUCCAAGAAUGGCCGGAAAAAAAACACCAGAUCUUCUUCGAAUCGCUGAGGUGGCAGCAACUGCUAAAGAUGCUACAUUAGUUCGUAAAGGUAUUAAAGUCAAGGAAAUGAUUCGAGAACUUGAAGAGGCCGGAGUAAUAGAUCGCAAAGAUGGCUAUCGUCUUAUGACAGAAGAAGUUGGUCAAGAACUAACACAUCUUGGUAAUCUUCGUGAAAAAGUCAAAGAAGAAAUUCGAUCACUUGAGGCCGUUUUUAAGACAAUAUGUGAUCAUAAUAAUUAUUUACGAAGUCAGUUAGAUAGUUAUAAAGCUUAUUUGCAAAAUGUACGACAACAAACUUCAAAGGAUUCAGUUGGUGGACCAGGAUCAAGUGUAGUCAAGGUGGGCGACAAAGAAAAGAAACCUGCGAAGAUGAAAAUAUUAGGUCCAUAUAAAUUUACACAUGCUCAGUUAGAGAAGGAAGGAAUUAUUGUGGAGAGUAAUGUUCCAGAAAAUCGGCGACAAAAUAUUUAUUUCAAUAUUAAGUCACCAAUGCCUGGAACAUUUAUCAUUGCGCUUCAUUAUAAGGGGCGUGAUGCUGCAAUAUUGGAAAUGGAUCUAAAACUAGACGAUUUGUUAGAAAAGCAACAAGAUAAUGUCAUAUCAUUAGAUCUCGAAUACGUGCAAUUAAACGUGAACAAGAUUUUAUCAUUGUUGAAUAAGACGUUCUCUAAACGAAAGACGGAUGCUUUCGGUGCUUGGAGCAAAUUGUGUCUUCCCCCCGUGCGUUCAAUAUCCAUUUAA